AUGUAUAUUAAGACACAGAUAUCAGAAGUCAGAGAUCAUCAUGUGUUUAAUGAUGAUGUGAUACCACAGCGUUUCUCUGUACUAUCUCUUAAGCAAAAAUGCAUCAGCUAAGCAUAUAAAGUUCAUAUACAUCACUUUAAUGCUUAUUUUUUAGUCCUUAUAUUUACCUUUGUGCUUUUUCUGUGAGCUAGUGCUACCCACUUCCUUGAAGCGGAUAGCAAAGAAAAAAAUGAGGAGGUUGAAAUAUCAGCCCAUAGAGUACUAUGACGAAAAGGGCUAAAGAGGUGGGAGAGGAAAUGAAGUAUAAGGGAGGAGACCAGUAGAGACAGGACAUUUCAAAGCAAAUAACUGCCUGAUUCAGUCAGUGAAACUGGAGGGUCAGUGAACAGCUAGUUUCUGACAUGAAAAAAGGAAACUAGAGUCAGUUGAGAAAAGAGGCAAUAGAAACUACAGCAGAGGAGCAUAACAAAGAUCACAUUUUCACCACCACACUUUUCCACAGAGAAGAGAUGGAGUACAAAGUGACAGUGGCCACGGGGACCUCAGAAUAUUCAGGAACAAAUAACUAUAUAUACUUGACUCUGGUUGGAGAGAGAGGAGAGAGCGAGAGAACCAUGCUGGACAAUCCAGGCCUAGACUUCUGCAGAGGAGCGGUGGAUGAUUACACAGUUAAAAGUGCUGCUGAUUUGGGUCCCCUGAUACUGGUGCGCCUAGAGAAGCAGAGGUACUGGGUUGAGGAUAACUGGUUCUGCCGUUAUGUGAAAGUCAGUGUACCUGGAGAAAGAUGCAGCUAUACUUUUCCCUGUUACCGUUGGCUAGUGGGAGAUAAAGUGGUAGUAGAGCUCAGAGAAGGCACAGCCAAAAAGAUCAGUGAUGACACCUUGCCACUGGAGAGAUCUCACAGAACGACAGAGCUUCUGGAGAGGCAGAAAAUAUACAGAUGGCUUGCAUGGGCCCCCGGCAUUCCAAAAUGCAUCGAUGCCAAGUCAGAGGCUGAUCUCCCCCAGGACGUUCGCUUUGACAACGAAAAGCGCAGUGACUUUGAGGGAUCCCUUCAAUAUGCGCUUUUGGAGCUCUCUCUGAAAAAACUGGCAAUCAAGUUCGGAAAGUCCUGGAAUGACCUGGACGACUUCAAAAGGAUCUUCUGGAAGCUAAGAAGUCCCAUAGCUGAAUACACCAUGAACCACUGGAAAGAAGACUCUUUUUUUGGUUACCAGUUCCUCAAUGGCUCAAACCCAAGAAUGAUUACCAGGUGCAAGGAGCUGCCCUCAAACUUCCCUGUCACCGGAGACAUGGUGCAGUCUUCUCUUAUACCUACAACCACUUUGAAGGAAGAACUCAAGAAAGGAAAUAUAUUCCUGAUUGAUCAUGCAGUAAUGGAUGGGAUUCCUGCCAAUGUAAUCAGAGACAAGGCACAGCACAUAGCUGCCCCACUUUGCUUACUAUAUGAACAUCCUGAGAAAGGUCUCAUUCCCAUCGCCAUACAGCUGGAACAGAAACCUGAUAAGGACACACCCUUAUUUCUACCCAGCGAUCCACCUCUGGCCUGGUUAUUGGCAAAGAUGUGGGUUCGUCACUCUGAGUUCCAGGUCUUUCAGUUAUUAUCACAUCUGCUUCGCACACACUUGGUGGUAGAAGUGAUCUGUGUGGCCACACUCCGACAGCUGCCUGCUGUUCACCCUAUAUAUAAGCUCUUGGCUCCACACCUGAGGUAUACACUUGAGAUUAACUGUCGUGGCAGAACACAGCUGCUCUCCCCGGAUGGCAUCUUCAAAAGGGUGGUAUCAACAGGUGGAGAUGGACUCUUGAUUCUGGCACAGAGGGAGUAUAAAGUAUUAACCUAUCGCUCCCUCCAGCCCAAAUUUGACUUCUUGGACAGAGGAGUUACUAAACUAAGAGACUAUUUCUACAGGGACCAUUCUCUGAUGCUGUGGGAUAUCAUUCAAAAUUUUGUUUCAGGAAUAGUGUCCCUGUACUACAAGAGUGAUCGUGAAGUCGAACAGGACUCAGAAAUUCAGGCGUGGAUUAAUGACGUGGCUGUGGAGGGCUUUGUGGAUGUGCCACAAUUUGGACUAGCUAGUGAGCUGAAGACAAAAGAAGAACUCAUCACACUGUUAAGCGUGGGGAUCUUUACCAGCACUUCACAACAUGCUGCCACCAAUAAUGGACAGUUUGAUUGGUGUGCAUGGGUACCCAAUACACCUUGCACCAUGCGGCACCCUCCACCAACAGAUAAGGAUGCUGUCACCAUGGACCUGAUCAUGGACACACUUCCUGAUAUCAGCCAGUCCUGUGUGCAAAUGGCCAUCACAUGGCAUUUGGGUAGAGCACAGCCGGAUGCGAUUCCAAUGGGCCAGUAUGUGGAACAGUACUUUACUGAGCCUGCUGCUUUGAAAGUGAUUGAUAAAUUCAGAAAGGAGCUGAAAGAACUUGAGGAGCAUAUAAUAGCUCAGAAUGAGGGACUAGAACUGCAGUACCUUUAUCUGUGUCCAAGCCGCAUAGAAAAUAGCAUCACCAUUUAGAGAAAACUCUCAUUCUAAAUUUAUGAGUAUAAUUAUGUGUCUGUGAACAUUUUCGUGAGUAGCUAAAUCUUAAAAUUAGCACACAUUCAAAUAACACCCAAAGCUUAGCUAUAGCUGAGGCCAAUCCCUUUCUCCGGAAUGGCAUCCGUGACAGCAGAAAUACUGUGAUUAUACAUGCAAUUAAUAUAAUUAUGCAAUUGACAUUAUUAUGCGGUUAAUUUAGUCUGUAACAUUUUUUUUUAAGUAUCAGGGCAUUAAGCUUUUUUACAUUCAAUUUAUUAACAGUAUUUAUUUUUACUUUUGAAAAUAGUUAAAAUCUAAAAAUAAUAAUAAUAAUAAUAAAUUUAAGUCUUUUUAAAUUUUAUUUCAUAAGGCACUGUUUGGAUGGUACUGAACUGGUUUCUGUGGAUUUUUACUAACCACUGUAUUCUUUAAUAAAUGUCGUAAGCUUCAUGAAAUGCACUUCAUAUAUACUACAUAUAAAGUCUGUUUUAUUUUUUCAUAUCAAUUUUUAAAAUACCAUUUAAAACCUUCAGUAGUUAAAGUUUUGAAAGUAGAACCAUGUUUACUGAGAGACAAGGUCUACACUUAUCAAUUGCUAUAGUGACAAAUUGCAUAGGCAAAUUUAUUUUCAGUCAUUUAUUGUAAAAACUGAACCAAUGUGACCAUGUGAAAUUCCAUUGAACGUGUACUUAAUGAGACUGUAUAUUUGAUAGGUGUGUUAAGAAUAAAUAAAAUCACAAUUAAAACA